AUGGCAUCUGGGCACUCUGAUUUGCCGCUGCCGCUGCCUUUCGCUCAUCAGGCAGAUUUAGUGCGAGCACAUCAAAAAGAUGAGCAAUGCAAAGGUGAACUUCGACGUCUGGUCUUAGAUGCGGUCGAAGAAACAUUGGGUGGCAGAGCUGCGGCAUGGCAGCCGACAGCUGGAGCAAUAGCUGACUACUCCUACUCAAUCUGCACGGGAGUCCUGGCCGGCAGCACGUUGGGCGAAGAGUAUUGCGAGCUGCUUUCUGUCUCCCCCGGCCUGCAGCCCUCGGACUGGCGACGACGUCUUGCUGCCGCUCUUCUUGCCGUGGCAUUGCCGAACUGUCAAGCGAGGUUGCCACUGAGUCUCGCAGCUCUGAUGUCCGUUGUCACGCCACUCUUGAUGCGAGUUCACUUGGCAUUAUUCUACCUCUUUGGCAGAUACCAUCAUCUCUCUGACAGGGCACUCUGUCUGCGUGCUGUGAGCAUGGCAGAGCGGCCAUAUCGCAACUUCAGCUACCGACCGCUUGGUGCACUGCUCCUGGCGCAAGUGCUGGGCCAGGUGCUUUUCAUGGUGUUGGAAAGGCGAAGGUCCAGAACUACACCAGCUCAUGCGGCAGUUUCAAUGACUGGCAUCUGGGACUCGAUCCACGACAACAGUGUGCGCUCAGCAUGCCCUGAUCAAGGGCAAACUCCUCUCUGCAACAUCUGCAUGUGCCCGUCUGAAGUUACAACAGCGACGCCGUGCGGCCAUUUGUUCUGCUGGGAUUGCAUUGCAAGCUGGUGUGCGAUGAAGUCUUCCUGCCCUCUUUGCCGGGCGGCUGCACCGCCGCAAAAGCUUUUGCCUUUGCUUCACUAUGCAUCCACGAGAGACUGA